AGGCUCGAGAGAGUCCUCUUUCGUUUAAAAAAAAAGAAAAGAAAAGAAAAAAUAACUGAGAAAAAAAUGGCUACAACUUCUUCACUCAUUUCCACUUUCUUCCAUCACUCUUCUCCACUUUCUCGCUCUCCAAACAGAAAGCCUCCACUCUCUGUGUCUGAACUUAAAUGCCUUUCUAUCCACAAAAGCCAUAAUGACAGUAACAAUUCUCGCAUUCUCUGUUUCUUACGUCGCGUCCUCCACUCUCACACUCUAACCCCAAACAAUCUCUUAUUUACCAAAAACUCUUCCUCCUCCUCCUCCUCCUCCUCCUCCUCUUCAAAUUCAGCUCUAGAUUCGCUUCUCCUCUGUACCUCACUUGCCUUGUCGGUUUCUCUAUUCUUCGCCGAUGUGGACCCCGCCGCCGCCUUCGUCCUUACAACUCCUCGUAAAUUGCAGUCCGAUGAACUCGCUACUGUUCGCCUCUUUCAAGAGAACACUCCCUCUGUUGUUUAUAUAACGAAUCUCGCUGUCAAGCAGGACGCUUUUACUUUGGAUGUGUUGGAGGUGCCGCAAGGUUCUGGGUCUGGAUUCGUGUGGGACAAAGAUGGUCACAUUGUCACAAAUUAUCAUGUGAUUCGUGGUGCUUCUGAUCUCAAGGUCACUCUUGCUGACCAGUCAACUUAUGAUGCAAAAAUUGUUGGAUUUGACCAAGACAAGGAUGUUGCUGUAUUACGAGUUGAUGCACCUGUAGACAAACUAAGACCGAUACCUGUUGGUGUUUCUGCUGACUUGCUUGUUGGUCAGAAAGUAUAUGCUAUUGGCAACCCUUUUGGACUUGACCAUACUCUAACAACUGGUGUCAUCAGUGGGCUUCGUAGAGAAAUUAGUUCUGCCGCCACAGGGCGUCCUAUUCAGGAUGUUAUACAGACAGAUGCUGCCAUUAAUCCUGGUAAUAGUGGAGGGCCACUUCUUGAUAGUUCAGGAAGCCUUAUUGGGAUAAAUACAGCCAUAUACUCUCCAUCUGGUGCAUCCUCUGGUGUUGGAUUCUCAAUCCCAGUAGACACUGUAAGUGGCAUUGUUGAUCAGUUGGUGAAGUAUGGAAAAGUUACAAGACCAAUUUUAGGUAUUAAGUUUGCACCUGAUCAAUCUGUGGAGCAGUUGGGAGUAAGUGGGGUCCUUGUCUUAGAUGCUCCUGCAAAUGGUCCAGCUGGCAAAGCAGGUCUGCAACCCACAAAACGUGAUGCCUAUGGCAGACUUGUUUUGGGUGAUAUCAUAACAUCGGUGAAUGGUAAAAAGGUUACAAAUGGCAGUGACUUGUACAGAAUUCUUGACCAAUGUAAAGUAGGCGAGAAGGUGAUUGUGGAAGUAUUACGUGGUGAUCACAAGGAGAAGAUUCCUGUCAUACUUGAACCAAAGCCCGAAGAGUCAUAGUAUGUGAAAGCUCAGGUCUGUAUAUUUUAUCCACAUUACAUAUACAAGAGAAUGCCAUUAUUUUGUGUAUUGAAGUUACAAAGGCAAAUGGUCCUGUACAUAUAUCACCUACCGUACUAUUUUCCAUAUCAAUUACUGCACCGAUACAGCUAAACACUCUGAAUUCAAUCUCAGCACUCUUCCUUUAAAGUUUAGCAUGCAUCGGUGCUGGUGCUCAUAUGCUUAUGGAAUCAGUAGCCUUUAAUUCAUCACAUUGGAGCAUUGGCAUCCAAGUCAGAAAAUCUUGAUUAGUCAAUUCAAGUCACUGGAUAUUAAUGUCGAAUGAAAUUACCAUGUGUUGUGUCUA